CUCACUCCCUCCUUUCUCUUUCCCUCGUUCUUUUCUGUGUAUUCCACACACACCUAGAACGUAAGCUGCAUGUGACUUUUUCUGUCCCGCCCACUGCUGUGUCCCCAGGGCCUGUCUCACCUCCAUUGACCACACACGGGCAUGGGUGCCACCUUCCACCUUGCACCUGCUGCCUUUACCUUCCGUUCUCUGUCUCCCUAAAUAUCUCCCAGGGUCCUCUGAGCCUUCACCGUUCAUUUCUCUGCCUGGCCUCAAACAGAAAACGUCAAGAGGGAAGCACACAGCUGCACAGGUCGUGCCCCGAGGCUCCUGCUGCCGGCACCUCCCCCAGCCUGGACUUUGGCUGUGUUUGUAGCCUUGUCCCAGCACUCCGGGUGGGAAUGGCAGGCUGCGUCCCGCUGCUCCAGGGCCUGGUCCUGGUCCUCGCCUUCCAUCGUGCGGAGCCCUCAGUAUUUCUCCCGGCCUCCAAAGCAAACGACGUUCUGGUGAGGUGGAAGCGUGCGGGCUCCUAUCUUCUGGAAGAACUCUUCGAGGGAAACUUGGAAAAAGAAUGUUAUGAAGAAAUCUGUGUCUAUGAAGAAGCAAGAGAAGUGUUUGAAAAUGAAGUAGUCACUGAUGAAUUCUGGAGACGAUAUAAGGGUGGCUCCCCGUGCAUCUCCCAGCCCUGCCUCCACAACGGAUCUUGCCAGGACAGCAUCUGGGGCUACACCUGCACCUGCUCCCCCGGCUAUGAGGGCAGCAACUGCGAGCUGGCUAAAAAUGAAUGCCACCCAGAGCGGAUUGAUGGGUGUCAACACUUCUGCCUCCCGGGACAGGAAUCCUACACGUGCAGCUGUGCUCAGGGCUACAGGCUUGGUGAGGACCACAAACAGUGCGUUCCCCACGACCAGUGUGCCUGCGGGAUGCUGACCUCCGAGAAGCGUGCACUGGAUCUACAGGACCUCCCGUGGCAGGUAAAGUUAACAAAUUCCGAAGGAAAAGACUUCUGUGGUGGUGUUAUAAUACAGGAAAAUUUUGUACUGACAACAGCAAAAUGUUCACUGUUACACAGGAAUAUUAGUGUAAAAACAUAUUUUAACAGAACGAGCCAAGACCCGCUGAUGAUCAAGAUAACGCACGUCCAUGUGCACAUGCGAUAUGACGCGGACACGGGGGAGAAUGACCUGUCACUGCUGGAGCUGGAGUGGCCCAUCCAGUGCCCAGGUGCGGGGCUCCCCGUGUGCACCCCUGAGAAGGACUUCGCUGAGCACCUCCUCAUCCCACGCACCAGGGGCCUCCUCAGUGGCUGGGCACGCAAUGGCACUGACCUGGGCAACUCGCUGACCAUGCUGCCUGUCACACUUGUGGAGGGGGAGGAGUGCGGGCAGGUCCUGAAUGUGACUGUCACCACCAGGACCUACUGUGAGAGAAGCAGCGUGGCGGCCAUGCACUGGAUGGAGGGAAAUGUGGUCACCAGAGAACACGGAGGCUCCUGGUUCCUCACGGGGAUCCUGGGCUCGCAGCCAGCAGGAGGGCAGGCUCGCAUGGUUCUUGUCACCAAGGUCUCCAGGUACUCACUCUGGUUUAAACAGACCAUGAACUAACUGAAACUCAGCUAGCCAGAAAGAACAACACAACCGGAAGCGGGAUUCCAAGCUGGCACUGCCACCAUGGAGGACGCUGAAACUUCAUCACACACUGAGAGGCCAUCACAGCCCCGGACCACCCGCUCAGCCCACGCAGCAGCAGAGUCGACGCUUGCUGGGUCAUUUACCAAGCACUGUGACCUUUCUUUCCCUGGAACUCUUUAUCUCAACAGAGACCUUAAAAGAAAACAUGAGAUACAUUAAAUAAUAAAGUAAGAUAAUCUGUCAGUCAUAAAACAGCCUGGUUUCCAGAAAUCCUUUCCUUCUCCAAGUCCAGUGUUCCCUGUGCUCAGGGAACAGCCACCCCAGCCUGCACACAGGUGAGUGUGUUCUGGUGCAGAAGCGAUAGCAAUCUCCGGUUACAGCAGAAAGUGGCCUCCUCUGUCCUCUGUUGGUUCACCAGUCGCCACUGUGAUUGAGGACCACGGCUCAGUGCAGAAGCAGCCACUAGAAGCAGGUUGGCAAUGGAGGAGA